CUUCUUGCUUUCCGGGCUGCACAGCUGAGACCUUCCCUUCUGUAUCCUCGUACUGCUGCCAUAGUGUAGGCGGAGAAGCGUGGCUGUGGGGCUCAGAGACACCCACAGUGGCGAGCAUGUCGAUCGAGGCAGAGGCUCUGCUCCAGGAGGCGAAGGAGAGCAUCGAGGCAGCGCGGAACUACAGGAGCGAGCUACAGCACAGGGUGCAGGGCCUGGACCUGGCUCGCCAGCAGAUCAAGGGCAGCGCGACGCAGACCAGGGCCGUCCUGGUGCAGCACUUCCAGGAGCUGCAGGGCACGGUCAGCAGGCUGCUGGAGGAAAGACUGGCUGCUCUGCUGCUGGAGGUGGACGUUAUUGAGCAGGACAGCAUCCGGCCGCUGGAUGACUGCCAGAAACUGAUCGAGCAGGGGGUGAGCACGGCCGACGAGCUGCUCAGGGAAGGUGAGGCUGCUCUGCGCUGUGGGGUUGGAGAGAAGGACGACAAGCUGGGCAGCUUUACUAAAAAGGCGCUGCAGAUUCAACUGGACAGUCUGCCCGAGGUGCCGUCUCUUGCGGAGGUGUCCUGCCUGUCUGCUCAGCUCGACGACUCCCUGCUCCCCGCGGUGAAGGGCAGGAUCUGCACCCAUGGCAGUGUGGCGUCGCACCCUCCCGUGCAGAUCGACGAGCUGGUGGAGCGGCCGGGAGGGGUCCUUGUGCGCUGGUGUAAGGUGGAUGACGACUUUGCCGCUCAGGACUACCGCCUCCAGUUUCGCAGGAGCACAUCGAGCCACUUCGAGGACGCCUACGUGGGGCAGGACAGCGAGUACCUGGUGUUGCACCUGGACCCCCACACGGAGUACCUGUUCCGCGUGUGCGCGCGGGGCGACGGCCAUCGGGAGUGGAGCCCCUGGAGCGUCCCCCAGACUGCAUGCACCACCCUCCCCCCCCACGAAUGGAGCCCGGGCAAUGAGGAGUACAGUCUGAGCAGCCGUAGGGACAUCGCAUUGAGAAACGACUCCCCGCUGUGUGGAGCCAGGGUCCUGUACUCACAGGCCCCCACCUACUGCUGUAGACAGACCCUCACUUUCAGAAUUAUAAGUGCAGGUCAGCCAGACAAGCGUGACAGUGUGGGAGUGUGUGUGGACCGCCGCAAUGGACAGGAUUCCCUACAGCGAGAUCAGGCUGUUUGCAUUACUACCAGCGGUGCCGUAUUUGUAAACGGCAAAGAAAUGACCAACCAGCUACCAGCUAUCUCGACCGGAUCUGUGGUGACUUUCGACAUGGAAGUGGUGAACGCGUUUCCUGUGAACAUUAACAAUAACGAAGGGGCAAGCGUCAAGCUGAGAGUGACGAUUGGUUCAGGGAGCAGGGAGGUGGUGUUCGAUUGGUUACUGGAUCAGGCGUGCGAAGGGCUUUUCUUUGGGUGCUCAUUCACACACCCAGGCUGGAAAGUGUUUGUGUUUUAAGGCCUUCACAUUCCAAACCCCCUUUCAUUCUAUUUACCUGUUAGGCUAACUGGUUUUAUAGGAAUUGUAGGUUCACUUGAACAUUGAGGUAGAUAUGACAUUUGAACUGUUGCUGUCACCCAUAAAAACAUUAAAAGCGAACUACAUUUACUUAGCGUAGACCAUAUUUUAGCAUCAGUAAUAGGGUGUGAAGAGUGGUAGAAUUAAAGCCAAGCUGUGUAUCUUCAUUUUUGAGAAACUGCAGGCUGUAAAACAUAACUGGGUUGCCUUUUUUAUUUUCUAGUUUAACUUGUUUAGCAAAUACCUUUCUAUCAUGCUUUUUUUUUUUUUUUUUUUUUUGCUGAAUGCCCAAGUUCAUUUUUCUUGUGUCCAGACAAUCCUUACAGUAUUUAAAAAAAAAAAAAAAAAAAAAAAAAAAGACACACACACCUUUUAGCGCAUACUAGAAAUGAACAAAUGCUAGAACUCAAAGUGCCUGUCCAUAAUAAACGUCUCUCCAUGAGCUUAAUGAAACAUUUAUACAAAAUCAAGGGUAGGGAAGGGCUGUCUGCUUGGCAAUGGAUUUUGUUAUUUCUGCAGGACCGGGCUCAAUAAAAUUAGAUCCAAAUCAUUUAAGUUAUUAUAAUGCUGUAUUCACAAACCAGUAAUGCACUAUAAAUACAGAGAACUGCAG